GGUGUGUGGAAGCGUUGGUGCAACAGAGGGUGCAAUAGUAGGUUUAGUGAAAAAUGGCCGGCGUCAGCGACUGGUUUAGCAUUGGGAGUACGGUGGCAUGUAAAACGUGUUAUCACAAAGAAAUUGAGGGAGAGGUGUUGGCAUUUGAUCCUCAAACCAAAAUGCUCAUACUGAAAUGCCCGUCAUCAUCAAAUCGGUCAUCAUUGAAUGAUGUACAUAUAGUUAAUUUAUCACUUGUAUCAGAUGUACAAGUUAAACGUGAAGUAUCGCCGACGCUGAAUGAACCACCACAGAGUCUUAAUCUACAAAGGCUAAAUACACGUGUGCGUAAUCAGAUUGAGGAGAAAAAACGUAUGGUGAAGGCUCUGCAGGCCGGAGUAUCGCCUGAAGGGCAGAAAUUAUUUAUUGCCAUUGCUAAAACCAUACAGGCCAUAACGUGGUCGGGACAGAAUAUCGUUGUUUGGGAGGAUGUUACCAUUGUACCACCUUACAAAGUUGAUAAUGUCCAUGGCAAUGCUGAGUCCAAAUCAUAUUUACAUGUCAGAAAAAUUGUUGAAAAACACAUGAAGGAUCAAGCCACGGCUGAGAUACAGCAGCGAGAAGCGACCAAGGGAAGCAGCACGCAAUAGAUAUAACAAAAGUCCUAAGAAAAAAUAUCCAUUCGAAGAAAAACUCAACAAAAAAA